GAUCGUCAAUAGAAGUCAUGGCUGCAAGUGAACUGUCAAUAGAGCAAAUUCAUAAGUUUUUAUUAGAAAAAGGUGGAAUUGUGCCAAAUAGAGACGUUGUCAGACACUUUAGGGGAUACUUAACCGACCGUGCAUCCCAAGAUGACGCAAGAAUUAAAUUUAAACGUUACGUUAACGUCUUGGCCACAACCAAAUCUGAAGAUAACGAAAAGUUCCUCAUACUUCGCCCCAAAUACAGCAUGCCAUUGGAAGAUGUGAUGCAAUACUCAGUAUCUUCAUCUCCUUCACCACAACUCGAUCCUCGAAACGCAAUCGGAAUACCGGUGUCUCCUUCCUUAUCAAUUCCCGAGUUUAUUCCUAGUCCAAGUAAUUCGCCAGCUCCAAGGCAACCUCCUCCGUAUAGACCACCUCCCCCGGUAACUCCAACAUCUUCGUUGGACAGCAUCUCGAUAAGUUCCUCAUGCGUUUCCAUCAACGAUGAUGGACCGGUGGUUCCUCCUAGAAGGAAAAUUAUUAUGAGAAAAUCGGAAAGCGACAGUGGAAUUGAAGAUAAGUUAUCAGUAAAUAUGAAGAUGAAGGUUGAAGAUGAAGAGGAAACUACUGAAAAUGACAAGUCCUCGGUUAGUGUGAAAGAACGCACACAGAAAUUUAAUCGAAUGGCCUCGGUGGAUGAUGAAUUGAGUCCACACAGACCACAUAAAGAAAAGAAGAAGAAGGAACAACCGGAAAAGGGGGUCGACGAGGAUGACGGCGCUGCGGUCAUGCUGCUCGAGCCGAAGAGGAGGGCCGAAUGGUACGUGACGGCCGCAAAGGGAGACUAUCACCUCCUCGUGAAGCUGGCCUCCGAGGAACCGCGAUUCGUCAAGCUCAAGGACCCGUUCACGUAUACCGUCCUACAUUGGGGCGCGAAACACGGCAACGAGGACAUCGUCAAGCACUUUGCGGGGACUUACAAGUGCGAUGUCAAUGCUAAAACGAAUGGAGGUUAUACACCACUUCAUAUAGCCGCCCAAUUUGGUAGGGAAAAAGUUUACGAUUUAUUAAUUCAAACAUAUGGAGCCGGACCAGGUAUAAGAGAUUAUAGUGGAAGAACACCGAGUCAAUAUAAAACGUCACAUAUUCAAGCAACAGCGAUCGUAAAUCAGAAGAAAUCAAGAAAGAAAACGACAGAAAAAGAUUUAGGUUUCUUACGAAUAGGAUCAUUAAACGUACGCGUCAAAAAAACAACAGAAGCCUUCAGUAACUUUCUUGGUGUUGGGAAUACGGUGCCAAUUAACCCUAUUGACACCUCAAACUUUCACAAGGGUUGGGGUUCAGCAGAUAAUGUUGCACAGGAAAAUGUGUUAAAAAGCAAAAGAAAGAUGAAGAGGCCGUUGGAGAAUACAGGAACAAAUAGCACACCAGGAACGCCAAAUAGUCAUACCAGGGCACUCGUCCAAAGGAACCUUCAGGACUCGGAUUCGGAUUCAGCAGCAGGUUUUGAUUCUCACUGGCAGAAUUAAUGAAAAUGUAGCGUAAUGGUUUUGUAUUAUAUGAUUUGAUAGUAUAUAAAAGACAUGUACUUAGAUCUGAUUUGUAAUGUUAUUUAUAUUCAAUUGUAUUGUGUUAUGAUGAAAAUUAAUAAAUGACAGAGGUGGAUGGUUUUAUUUAA